UAUCAUAUGUACAUGGCAUGUUAAAUAAUAAAUUUCGUUAACAAUGUGUUUUUAGUCAGUAUUUCACUCGUUUAUCUUAAUAAAAUGCAUUUAGUGCUCACUCUUGUGAUUUUUUUGUCCAUAUUCACAUUGUACAUAAUAGUGUUAGGGCUUUUGGCGGCCAUUUUGAAUAUCAAAGUACAAUGAUUUAUCACAUACAUGACAUAAAAAAAUGAUAUAUAUCUUUAGCAAUCAUGUUUGCAGACAUUACUUCACUCAUAGAUCAUUAUUACUUGCAUUUUAGUGCUCACUUUUGUGAAAACUAAUUUUCCCCAUUCAUAUUGUACAGGGGUCUAAGUCGGCCAUUUUGAAUAUCAAGAAAAUAAAUAUUUUGUCAAAAAUCAUUAUUUCAGAUAGUAUUUCAUUCCGGCAGCAAAUUGCAUGUACUCUAUAGCCAAUGUGUGGACAUUUUUAUGAUUUUCAUGGGUAAUUUGAAUAUUUUGGCGGCCAUAUUGGAUUUUGCCAAUUUGCAGAAAAUGCUCAAGGUUACAAAAGUGGCAUCAUUUGGAUUCGGAAUCAGCACCCUCGAAUUGACAAGAAACCAUUAAAAAACAUUGUAUAUCUAAAAAAAACAAGGUUCGACCCCUGGACUACUGUCAAAUUACGUCAUAGCGCGCGCUAUCCCCUCCCCAGCCCCGUCGUUCUUCGAAUGUUUUGCGGCAUGCGACAUGUGAAUUGUGACUGAUAAAGUCUUUGAUUUGAGUGGAAAGAAGGAAGCAUUUUAAACGUAUCCUUUUCAAGUCGAUCAUAUCUUCAACGACUGCUGGGAUCAUCAGCAUUCUUCCAGAAUCUCGGGUAAAGGUAAAGGUAAAGAGUCGCUUCGACUCUCUCUGGAAAUGAUAGGCACAUAUCCCACCCUGUCAUUUUUGUGUAGCAGCCGACGAGUGUAACGAAAUGUAAACAACUUCAAUUAGCGCGCGCAAAUUAUUCAGAGCCUAGAUCGAGAGCGCCCUUUGGUGUCAGCAAUCGGAUACCGCUCGAAACCGUACCGAUAGUGGAGGGAACAGGGAAUGAACGCUGUGAUGUAAACAGACCACAUUUCGGACUCGGUCCAAAGCUAAUCCACCGAAGCUAAUCCACCAAUAAUCCAGUCAAGGUUGCAAGUGGACUCGGUCGGGUCUCGGGUAGGAAACUUUCAGAUGUAACAGGGGUCUUACUCGAAAUGGAGUGGACAAGAGCGAUCAACUACACCUGUUUUCCAGUCACUUUGACAUUGUUUUUUUUAUCAUGUUCACACAUUGGAGCGGUGAAAGUAAUUAGUGUCUUGGCCAUUGAUGUGUCGAAAUCCCUUCACGCAACUCCGACAGAUAUGGGAGCUGAAAUCGGAAUGAUAAUUGCAUUUUAUUUCCUAACAACCCCCAUUGUUGGAGCCCUCAUUAAUCGUUGGGGUCAACCUCGGUUCUUUCUAUUGAUGGGCGCCGCGUUAGAAUCCAGUGCUCUUGUGUUUACAGCAUUUGCCAACACCAACAUUGUGGUGUUCAUCUUGCUUGCCCUUGUGGGAAUCGGGAAUAGCUUCCUGUGGAUGACUUGCUUUCUCGUUUUGAAUAAAAUCGCUGGUGAAAACUUCAACCUUCUCUUCAGUCUAUCUUCAUGUGGAUUUCCUGUAGGAAUGACUUUGUUCCCUUUCCUAGCCGAAGAGUUACUUGCUGUAUACAGUUGGCGGGACGUUCUAUUAAUCAUAGGCGCUCUUACUUUCAACCUGAUACCAUGUGCUAUGAUGAUCAAGGUAUCCUUGGAUGGAGCAUGUGGUGAUUCGAGAAGCAUUACAUGGGACGAUGCGUCACUUGCUGGAGUCUACGAGAGAGUCCACACUGCAGAAUGUGGAUACUGUCAAGAUUCAGAUGUCAGUACUGCCGGCAGUACUGACGGCGAUUCUGGCGACAGAAACAAUCACAAAGGACCUCUGAUGUUCUCAACAGUGUUGCAUGAUUUGACAUACACUGAUCAAGAUGAUUCUGCAAUUGAUAGAUCAUCAGGCGAGGAGAGCCAACUUGACAUCUAUGGCUUGUCUCAUAGAAUUACAGAAUGGUGGAAGAAAACAGCAUUUUAUGCGAAUCCUUUAUUAGUUCUUACAAUUUUCUCGUUUGGCACACAAGAAAUAAUUUAUGCUGGUUGGCAUGCUUUCCUAUUACCAAAAGCCCUCCAACAAGGAAUCUCUGCCAGAAACACAGUCAUCAUAGCCCUUAGUGCAGCUGUUGGGAAUCUGUCUGGACGAAUCUUGGUCGGUGUUUUGACUCACAGAAACAUUGACCCUGUCAACAUGUACCUUACCUUGAGUGUGCUCAACAUUUCUGCAAUGUCAUCUUAUGGAUUUAUUUCUUACUACAUGGCGAUGUUGGUGACGUCAUGUUUUUCCGGGAUGGCCAUUGCGGGAAGGGCUAUUCUUGGUCCUCUGGUGAUGAAGAGCGUAGUUUCUGGAGAACACUUAUCAACGAUGAUAGGGAUACUUUAUGUGGUUGCAGGCUUCUUUUCCUUAUUGGGUGGAUACUCCGCAGGACUGAUUGCCAACCGUGUAUCAUACGAUGCCACGUUUAAGCUUCUUGCAGUUGUCGACAUAUUGACUUUUGUCUUCAUGGGAAUCCCAAAAGUAGUCGGACUAUACAACUCAGUUCAAACUCAGCCCUGAGGCUCAGUAGGGUCGAAACUUUCCAGCAUAACAGUACACCAUGGAAUUAUGACCUCUGGGGAGCCGUCCACGAAAGGAGCUGUCAGAUGUUUUAUCCCAAGAGCCCUAUAUUUAUCUGAGUAUCUUGGUUACCAUAGUAUCUGUGCUUCUACUAACACAAUCAAAAUCAAAGAAAGUUGUCAGAUCAGCAGGGCCCCGUUUUACAAGAGUUGCCAUUGAUCCGAUCAAUCACAACUAUGGACAGCCAGCAACAUCAACAUCUAUUAUGCAUGUUUGUUCAAAAUAUUUUCUAGCUAUGAUGUAUCUUCAUGCAUUAAUUGUUUUCUUGAAAAUUCACUGCACUUCUCUUUGUUUACAAAGAACAUUGUGCCAAUUUCCUGUAGAAAAAAAUGAUGACACUGAUGGAUAUCCAGAGUUACGAUUGAUUGGAUCAAUCGUAACUCUUUGUAAGAGGGGAACCAGACAUGUCACACAUAAAGGGUUGAUUAAAUGCUCUCUUGGUUUAGCUUUCUCCGGGGUUCGUCUGUAUAUAAUGCCUGAAGGAGGAAGCACGAUUUUGGAUCAAAUUUGGCCAAGGUCUGCAUCUAACAGUUUUGAUUGAUUGAUUGAUUGAUAACGAAUUUAUUCAUUCCAAAAAUUUCAACAAGAUUACAAAGUAAAGCAAAAUAUAAUAUAACAUUAUGAAAUGAAAUAGAAACCUUCUGAAAAGCAAAGCUUGUUGUCGAAGGUUUCCUUCAAUAAAUAAGACAUAUUAAUGCAAAAAACAAAGUUCAAUAUAUAUAUUUAAUAUACAAAUAAUGUCUGUCUUGUUGAAGUUGAAAAUAUAUAUAAUACACAAGUCAUCAUAUCUUUCUUGUAGAAAAUUAUAUGUAAAUCCUUGUUAAAUAUUUUUUUUUACAUAUUCUCCCAAGUAAAAGAUAAACAAGGCUGGAUUAUAUUACAAGAUAU